CUGAUUCGCCGAGUGCAGUCGAGCCCACAAACAGUAAACAAUCGGUCGUCAAAGUCCUGCUUUCAGUCGUCGAAAAAGAUCGAUCGAAAAAUGGAUUCCAACUGCAUCACAUUGACGAGAUUCGUCUUGGCCGAGCAGAAAAAGGCGCCUGGUGCGACCGGGGAGCUGACGCAGCUGCUGAAUUCUGUACAGACCGCUGUUAAGGUCAUAAGUUAUGCUGUUCGUAAGGCUGGCAUAACCAAACUAUUUGGAACUGCUGGAGAGACUAAUGUACAGGGUGAGGAAGUCAAGAAGCUGGACGUUUUGGCGAAUGAAUUAUUCAUAAAUAUGCUGAAAUCUUCGUACACUGUAGCACUAUUGAUAUCAGAAGAAAAUGAGACAGUGAUUGAAAUAGAAACCGAGAGGAGAGGAAAAUACAUUGUGGCUUUCGACCCAUUAGACGGAUCUUCCAACAUCGACUGUUUGGUUUCUAUUGGUUCGAUAUUCGCCAUCUGGAAGAAAACCGACAACACCGCACCAACCCUUGCCGAUGGCUUACAGCCAGGGAACCAGGUUGUGGCAGCAGGUUACGCGCUCUAUGGCAGCGCCACCAUGAUGGUCCUCUCGCUGGGAUCCGGAGUAAACGGAUUCAUGUUAGAUCCGUCCAUAGGGGAAUUUAUCCUCACCGACAAGGACAUGAAAAUCCCCCAGAAAGGCAACAUCUACUCGAUCAACGAAGGUUACACCCACCUCUGGGACGACGCCAUCAAAGAGUACGUUCAGAACAAAAAGGAUCCGUCCAAGGGAAAGCCUUACAAUGCUAGGUAUGUCGGUUCUAUGGUGGCCGAUGUUCACAGGACCAUCAAAUAUGGAGGUGUAUUCAUCUAUCCUGCCACCAAGGCUUCGCCCAAUGGAAAAUUACGUCUUCUUUACGAAUGCAUACCGAUGGCCUUCAUCAUGACACAAGCAGGAGGGGCAGCUUCAAACGGGCAAAUACCCAUCCUGGACAUUCAGCCCAAGACAAUCCACGAAAGAUCUCCAAUAUUCCUAGGGUCUCCAGACGACGUCGAUGAAAUUCUCCAAACCAUCCAGAAACACAAAAAGUAAACCAACAGAGAGAGAAAAACAGAUAUUAACUUUUUAUAAAAAAUAUAUAUUGUAAAUUAAAAUCAAUAAGCUUCAACAAGUGUGAAUAAUCUUAUAACUCCUUAUAUACAUCGGUAGUAAAUUAAAAAAUUUAUCGAUAAAA